CCCAGCACAGAGCACAGAGCCACCCCCCAGCACAGAGCUUGACAGACAGUACAGCCCAUCACACACCACCACAGUCAGGCAGACCCUACACACUCACACUGCUGUCCUGGACACAUCCUAUUCCUGCCCAAAGCCAUCACAGGACCUGCUGCCCCGACUGGGGACACACUCACUUCCGCUCCCUGCCGAGGGUUAAUUGGAUUGGGAUCCGAACAAACGGUUUGCCCAGCGACCGAGAGAAUCCGUGGCUGAGAUGAGAGAAGCGUCCGAUGACUCGGAGAAAUCAGCUUCGCUCGGUCGCCGCUCGUAGGCCUGUCGAUCCACGACGAUUCCUCUCCUCCGCAACCAAACAGUCCAUCGUUCAGUCGGAAACAGUGUCCCAGCCACUGGGGUAAAACAAGUUGUCUUUUUGUGAAAGGUUCUCCAGGCCUUCGACAAGAGAAGAGCCGCAAGUCACGAGGGGCUGCGAGCCAGGGGAGCGAAGGAGAGAGAGAGGUGGGAAGGAAUCCUUAAAGCCCUGAAAACAAGAGACGUUGUGUGGGAAUACGACUUCCAGGUUUUUUUUUUCCGCGCGAAACCUCUUCGCGAGGUGCUUUGUUCACAACGAGGGGGAAUCAUGACCCGAAACUGCUCAGCGGCAAGAAUUCCAAGCCAAACCCAAUUCCGAAUUCCAAGCCAUCACGGGAGCAGAGUUGAAGCCUGACCAUGCUGUGUUCCAAGAGGGGACGACCCAAUGCCUCGUGUAACCCUCCCACCAUCGACGUGCCAGCGCUGAGCGGAUGCAGACACCUGGAUUGCACUGUCCAGGGUCACCCUUCCCAGGCGCUGGAGGUCAUGCGGGAACUGAGGAACAAUAAGCAGUUGUGUGACGUGACUCUCCGAGUGACCCACGAGGGCAAGGAGCAAAGCUUCCUGGCUCACAGGGUGGUCCUGGCAUCCUGCAGCCCCGUCUUCAAGGCCAUGUUCACUAGUAACCUGCGCGAGCGGCACUUGGCCGAGGUCAAGGUGGAGGGAGUCUGCCCCAGGGUGAUGGAGAGGCUGAUCGAGUUUGCCUACACGGCGAGGAUCUCUGUGAGCGAGCCCGCCGUGCUCCACGUGUUGCUGGCCAGUAUGAUGUACCAGGUGGAGGAGGUGGUCAAGGCUUGCUGCGAUUUCCUCGUCAGGAACCUGAACUCCAGCAACGCCAUUGGCAUCUCCAACUUCGCCGAACAGAUCGGCUGCACUGAGCUGCACCAGAGGGGGAAGGAAUACAUCAGCAUGCACUUCAAUGAGGUCACCAAAGAGAAUGAGUUCUUCAACUUGACCCACUGCCAACUCCUGGAUCUCGUCAGCCAGGACAGCCUCAAUGUCCUGUGCGAGUCCGAAGUAUACAAAGCCUGCACGGAGUGGGUGCGCUGGGAUCUGGCCAGCCGCGACCAGUACUUCCACGCUCUCCUAAACGCGGUGCAGAUCUACGCUUUGCCCCCGAGGUUCCUCAAGCUCCAGCUGCAGGAGUGUCCGAUCGUCAACAAGUCCAACACCUGCCGUGACUUCCUGGCCAGGAUCUUCCAGGAGAUGGCGCUGAACAAACCUCUACCCCCCACUAAGCUGCGGGGGAAUCAGUUGAUCUAUGUGGCAGGGGGGUACCUGCACAACUCUCUGAGGUGGAUGGAAGCCUUCAGCCCCCGGACAAGCCAGUGGAUCAAACUGGCCGACCUCCCUGAGCCCAGGAGUGGGUUAGGCUCCUGUGUGGUCUUCGGGCUGUUCUACGCCAUGGGCGGCAGGAAUAAUUCCAAGCAUCUCAAUGUCGACUCAGACGCCCUGGAUUGCUACAACCCCAUGACCAACCGCUGGACCCAGCGAAGUCCCAUGAACGUGCCCAGGAACCGGGUGGGCGUCGGGGUAAUCGACAGCAUCAUCUACGCUGUGGGAGGGUCUCAUGGUUCCUCCCACCACAGGACAGUUGAGAAAUACGACCCCGAGACCAACUGUUGGACGUUCGUGGCACCUAUGGCGGUGAGCCGGAUUGGCGCUGGAGUGGCCGUAUGGGACGGUCUUCUGUACGUCAUCGGGGGAUUUGACGGGGAGAACCGCUGGCAGACAGUGGAGUGCUAUCACCCUGAGACAGACAAGUGGCACUUUGUGGCUCCGAUGGGCAGUGUUCGCAGUGGGGCAGGUGUUGCUUCUCUGGACAAUUACAUCUAUGUGGUUGGCGGCUUUGACGGCACGAACCAGCUGCAGACUGUGGAGCGUUACAGUAUCGAGAGGGAUCAGUGGGAGAGUGUCGCGCCUUUGAAACACAGCCGGAGCGCACUGGGAGUAACGAUGUACCACGGAAAGAUCUACGCACUGGGAGGCUUCAGCCAAGAGUUCCUCAAGAGUGUGGAGUGCUACGAUCCCGAGAGUGACCAAUGGACUGAGGUAGAGAACAUGCUGUCGGCACGGAGUGGUAUGGGAGUGGCUGUCACCAUGGAACCCUGCCCCAGGAACCUCAGCAAGUCAGAGACUGAUCUGCCACUGAACGCCACACUGCCCACGUUGUGCUGAGGCCACUUGAGACAUGGAAGAACUUUUUAGGAUCUCAGCCUCCACUCUCCUCUCUCUUUCUCUCUCUUCCCAAUAAACCCCACUCCCACCCCAAAUUCGAGGGACCACUUUGGGUUGAGACUAAGCUACAAUCAGCGGUGAACCUAUUGGAACCUAUUGGCGAAAAGAACAUAUGACAGUGUUGGUGGUGGUGGGGUGGGGGGGGGCAAUGGGAUCCAGGUUUUCAGGUCUCACCUGAAGAUGUUUUCCACCCUCUCCCCCCCGGCUUGAAGUCAUGCUCCGCCACUGUCAAGCG